AUCCUAAACUGGUGAAAACCCGAUUAAAUCGGCAGUUAACCAGUAAAUCGGAUAAAUCGAUCCAGUUUUUUGGAGUCCUGGUUCACAGCUUCUCCCCCACACCCCCACCAAAAAAAAUCCUUACCAACCCUAACUCCCUCCAACUCUCAAACGGCGCAGUAGCACACACUCCCUCCCUCGUCCCUCCCAUCACUCUCGAGCUGGCCGUUCCUCUUAACGCCGGCGAGCUCAGACCCUCAAAAUACUCUAAACGAUGUUGUUAAUGUUCUAUUUGGGCGCAAAAAAUGAAAUGACAAUGUUUUACCAGUCCAGCGUGGCCUCCGUCCAACCACGUCAUCAUUUCAUCAUCAAAAAGUAUUUCAGGACGGCUGUUGUUAACUUCAGGGACAAAUUUAGGGCAAUUUUAAGUUCAGGGACGACAUUGAGGCUCGACUGCAAGUUCAGGGACCACUUUGAGUAUUAAUUCUAGAUUAUCUAAUUAGUGAAUUCAUGUAACUAUGAUAUAAAUUGUAAACUGUGUGAUUGCUUUUUAGUUAUUAUGCUGUGGCUGAUUUCUAUACUCUAUAAUUUGAUGUCGUGUAGGCCAUGGCAUUUGCACCUGUUAUUGCUGGAAAGACUUGUAUUAUAGCUGACCAAAGUGGUUCUGGAAAGACUUUAGCAUAUCUUGCACCAAUAAUUCAGCGUCUUAGGCAAGAAGAACUAGAAGGACACAGUAAAUCCACUCCUCAAGCUCCUAGAGUUGUCAUACUAGCACCAACAGCUGAAUUAGCUUCCCAGGUCUUAGAUAAUUGUCGAUCACUGUCUAGAUCUGGGGUUCCAUUUAAAUCUAUGGUUGUCACAGGUGGCUUUUGACAAAGAACUCAACUGGAAACUUUACAACAGGGUGUUGAUGUAUUAAUAGCUACACCUGGCCGUUUUUUGUUCCUUAUGAAGGAAGGCUUCUUACAGUUAACAAAUCUAAGAUGUGUUGUUUUGGAUGAGGUAGAUAUUCUCUUUGGUGAUGAGGAUUUCGAAGUGGCUCUUCAAAGCUUGAUCAAUUCCUCACCCAUAACUACACAAUACUUAUUUGUGACUGCAACUCUACCAAGAGAUGUUUACAGCAAACUGGUUGAAAUUUUCCCCGAUUGUGAAAUGAUCAUGGGACCUAGUAUGCACCGAAUAAGCCCACGCCUUGAAGAGAUCAUAGUAGAUUGCAGUGGAGAAGAUGGGCAAGAAAAAACUACUGAUACAGCAUUUUUGAACAAGAAAUCUGCUCUUCUGCAGCUUGCAGAGGAACGCCCUGUUCCAAGAACUAUUGUGUUUUGCAACAAAAUUGAAACAUGCAGAAAAGUUGAGAAUGCAUUAAAGCGUAUAGAUAGAAAGGGAGCAGUUAUACAAGUUCUGCCUUUUCAUGCUGCCAUGACACAGGAAUCAAGGCUUGCUAGUAUGAAGGAGUUUGCACGUUCACCGUCAAAACAAGUGUCCCAGUUUAUGGUUUGCACGGACCGAGCAUCAAGGGGAAUAGACUUUUGGGGAGUGGAGCACGUGAUACUGUUCGACUUCCCGAGGGAUCCAAGCGAAUAUGUGAGGCGUGUCGGAAGAACAGCGAGAGGCGCCAAGGGUGUGGGGAAGGCAUUCAUAUUCGUGGUAGGCAAGCAAGUAUCGCUUGCACGCAAAAUCAUGGAAAGAAAUAGGAAGGGUCAUCCGUUACACCAUGUCCCUUCUGCUGUUACCUUCUAGUUUUCACCUCGCCGAUGCUUUGCGAUGCAUAAACUCAUUUUUAGUGUAUGAAUGAAGAAAAAUUCACGUUUGUUAGUUAUGGUGAUUUGCAAAAUCCAAAGGAACUACUCAUUUAUUCUCUGCUCCUAUUAUCUUAUACUCCUAUCUUAUCCGGCAACAGAGUAAAAGGCAAAAAGUGAGCCUCUAAAAGAAUUGGUUGAAUUUUUACCAUUUCUCUUUGGAGUAAAUUUGUUUUAGCUCUCAAAAUAAUCCCUGAAUUU